AUGGCAAAUGCUAGAACCAAUGGGAAGAAAAAGAACAAGAUAGUGAAUCUGAAAAUAGUGGUGGAGAAGUUACAAAGGAGUCUUUCAUUGGUGAAGAAACUUGCAGCAGAGUUUGAUGCACGAACCAUUCCGCGUUCAUGCAACGUUCCAGAAGACGUUAAAGAAGGGCAUUUUGCAGUGAUUGCAGCUGAUGAAGAUGAGUUGAAGAAGAGAUUUGUGGUGCCAUUGAGUUGUUUAACACACCCUUCAUUCUUGAGGCUAUUGGAACAAGCUGCUGAGGAGUAUGGUUUUGAUCAUGAAGGUGCAGUGACAUUACCAUGCAGGCCAAGUGAACUUGAGACAAUCUUGGGAAAUAAUCAAUCAAGAUUAGAUAACAAUAAUGGUGUUAAUAGGAGUUCAAACGAGGACCCGUCUAGAGAGAAAAUAGAUCCUGGCCUUAAGAUGGUAGCUUCUAUUUCAUGA